AUGCCGCCCCGUGGUCGCCGCAUACGGCGUUUCCGUACGAGCCUCAACGGCAACCUCAGAGGCGCGCUUCCGCUGUUUCUGGGGUUCCUAAUCGCGUUCCUUCAGCUUACCGCCAUUAACGUCGCCGAAUCACCAUCGCGAGCGCCCGCCUUUACGGUAGGGGCCUUCCCAUCGAGCGCACUACGGUCGCUAAAUCAGCUUUACCCGCCGUUCCCGGCCGUUCCUUCAGCUUUCCGCCAUUUCCGUCGCCGAAUCAUCACCGCGAGCGCCGGUUACGCGCAACCCCUCCAUCAGAUACACCUUCGCCAGAAGAGCCGGACUUUUACAGGCAGAUGA